UGAUUACCGAAGAUCUCUGACAGAGGGGAGAACUGUUAGUAAACAAAACAGUUCUCCUCCCUGUCAGCUCCUACACACUGCUUUGCAUGGCUGUGCAUAGCAGAGCCAUACAAAGCAGUGUGCUUACAGUGCGCACAAACACAGCACACAGUUAACCCUUUGAUCGCCCCAGAUGUUAACCCCUUCCUGCCCAGUGCCAUUAGUACAGUGUCAGUGCUUUUUAUUUGCACUGAUCACUGUACUGGUGUCACUGAGGAUGUCAGUGACACCAAGUCAGUUCCCCCCAGUGUCAGAAUGCCCGCUGCAGUCCCGCAGUCCCGCUAUAAGUCGCUGA